AUGGCUCAGCGUGUUACCUAUAGAAGAAGAAACCCAUACAACACCAGAUCUAACAAGAUCAAGGUCGUCAAGACCCCAGGUGGAAAGUUAGUUGCUCAACACGUUAAGAAGUCUGCUUCAAGAGUUAAGUGUGGUGACUGUGGUUUAGCUUUAGCUGGUAUUUCUACCUUAAGACCAAGAGAAUACGCUCAAGUCUCCAAGACCCACAAGACCGUUUCCAGAGCUUACGGUGGUUCCAGAUGUUCCAACUGUGUUAAGGAAAGAAUUGUCAGAGCUUUCUUAAUUGAAGAACAAAAGAUCGUCAAGAGAGUCCUCAAGGAACAACAAGAAAAGGAAUCCAAGUCUUCCAAGAAAUAA